UGAAGAACUGGGAGCCGUUGGUGUUGGGACCAGCGUUGGCCAUGGAGAGGAGACCGGGCUUGUUGUGCUUGUAGAUGAAGUUCUCAUCGGCGAACUUCUCACCGUAGAUGGAGCGACCACCAGUACCGUUGUGGCGGGUGAAGUCACCACCCUGGAGCAUGAACUGGGGGAUGACACGGUGGAAGGUAGAGCCCUUGUAACCCUGACCCUGGGGAAGCUUGCAGAGCUCACGGAAGUUCUUAGCAGUCUUGGGGACGUCCUUCUCGAAGAGGUUGAAGACGACACGGCCCGUCUUGGGGGCGCUGGAGCCCACGGGGGCGUACUGGAUAUCAAAGAAGGCCUUGGUGUUUCCAGACAUGGCUGCGGAUGAUUGAUGGAAAGGACGAAGAGAGAGGAAGGAAGAUUGCUUGCAAUUGGGGAUGGAGAAGAGGGGACGAGAAGCGAAGGGCGAGCAAGGUGGGGUUAUUGUUGACCUCAGGCUUCGGGAGAACAUUGUUGCUGGAGGGGCACUGGCUGCUAACCGCUUCUGUCCUGUGCGUCAGCCCAUGCGCGCCAAUCAUGCAACUUGCCAGGCCAUCCGCCGUGGGCCUCAGGCCGCUCCGUGGAAGAACAUGGAAGUCCCCCGACCGUCCAGUAAGUAAAGUAGCUACCAGCUAACUAAGUAGCUUCUCACUCCAAGCAACCGGACCAGGGGGGUGUGCUGCCAUUGGUUCCCCCCCCUAAUACCAUUGGGGUCGGCCAAUGCAAUCGGGAUGCAUCACUUACAGUACUAUCUAGAAAGGAUGAGGAAUAAGAAUAUCUUGUCUCAACGAAUUGCCCGUAGCUGGGUGCUUGCUGCUUUGCUG